AGUAAAACAUUCCCUAUAUGAGCUCAAGAAUUCAACUUCCCCGAAAUUUCGAUAAUUAUCUUCCUUCCAAACCCUGCAACUUCUUCUCCAGCCACUUCAAUGGAAAAACAAGCUUCAAGUAGUUGUAGUGGGGCAUCAUCAUCAUCCCAACCGCAACCUCAACUACACCCUUCAUUAGAUGAUUGUUUGAAGCUACUGAGAGGAGAGAGGGAUGAACAGAGGUUAGCGGGUCUACUUCUAGUUACCAAGUUUUGCAAUAAAGAUGACCACACCGCCAUUCGCAAGGUUUACGAUGCCGUAGGACCUCAAUUCCUCCACCGGCUUCUUCGAACUGGAACCGGGAAAGGAAGUGAUGUCGGGGGAGAUGAUCGUGAUGCCUACUUGCAAUUGUCAAUCACAGUUCUUGCAGCAUUUUGUAGAGUUCCCCAGAUUGCAGCUUCUGAAGAUAUGAUUAAUAAGAUUCCUCUCAUUGUAGAGACAAUGUCCAACGAAGUAGGAUCACCUAUCAUUGAUGACUGCUAUGAAUAUUUGUUUUUGGUCUCAACGACCAGUGAAGAAGGGGCUAAAACCUUGUACAAAUCUGGUGGCUUGAAUGUGCUAGCUUCGCAAAUGAUGAUUCUACCCAGUGGUUCUCAUGUGAUUGAACUUGCUCUGAGACUUGUGCAAAUCAUUUUCAUUAAGUUACCCUCAGAAAAUCUUUAUUCUGAGCAUCCAACUGACCUGUCAAUGGUGGUGUGCGCAGUGGCAAAGCAGUUUGCUGUACUGCAGAAUGCACUGAAAUUUGAAGCGCUUCACUUCCUAUCAACUCUCCUGUCCAACAGAUAUUCUGCACCUUUAUAUGAUGUGCUUCGCUUAAUGGAAAAUGACGUUUGGUCAACAAACUUGCGGAUUGGUAUUGUGGCUAUCUUGCAAAAUCGAGUUGCACCUUCACAUAAACUUCAGGCUCUUGUUCUGGCUGAGUGUGCCAUAUCAAUUGUUGGUGAACGAUGGCUUACUGGGGAGAUGUACUUAACUGGUUCUCAGGUUUUCCUGCCUGCUGACAGGUGCAUUCUGCUUGUUUUGGAGUCAUCAAGGGUUGAAAUUGCUGUUCUUCUAAAUGACAUGGCAUACUUAAAGUAUGAAGCCGCCAAUGGGUCCUCAAAUAGAGAGAGCAUUCUUUUGAAGCAGAGGAAUCUUGGUGUAGCCUUCUCAUUGGUUGAAAAAAUAAUUAAACUUAUUUCUAGUUUUGGUGGAGAAGUAGAGAGAUGCUGGGAGGUGACUUAUGAGCUGAUUAUAUCAUUUGCAGAGUCAACUGCCAAAGCUGUUAUCAGUGAGAGCACUUUCUCAAAAAUCAUUUCUGGGCUCAAUGAGACUAUUGGUGUUGUUUUGGACUAUCUACGAGAUGCUAAGGAGCAUGGACAGAUGAAAGGGAAUGAUCUUCUAGCGGCCGUGCGAGUAAUCGGAAGUUAUCUUGCAGAAGCACCAGAUGUAUGUAAAGAUAAGGUCACAGAACUCCUAGGUUAUAUGCUUUCAAUUGAAGGGGAGGAUGAAUUGAGUCCUUUUUAUUCCAUCUGUUUUUUGCUUCCAAUGCUGUGUCAAAUAACUCUCAAGACUGGAGGAUGUAAAAUUUUAGCUUCCUCAGGUGCAUUUAGAGAAGUUGUUGGUUGCCUCAUUGCUUUGAUUGACCAAAACAAUUUUACGUCUGAGGAUAAUGGUUCUAUAUUCUUGGCUUGCGAUACAAUUUUGAAUCUUCUUCUGAAGCGGGAGCAAAUUAAAUUUCCGUCAGAUGAUCCCAGUUUUAUUAAACUUUUAGUAGCAUUGUCACAUUGGGCAGAGGGUAUGGAUGAUGCAUCUGUUAUCAUGAUGGCAGCAAGCAUCUGUUCACUUAUACUUGAUUUGACAUCAGAGGAAGCUCUUUUAAAUAAUCCAGACUUCACUAGCGGUGAUAUUGGUAAUCUGUCAAAGCUCAUUAGACGAAGCUUUGUAAUGUGUGGUCAGGACUUGAUAUCCAAUGAUGCUAAAGCUGAAGUAGAUCUUUUUCAGAUAAUUACCUCAGCAUAUUCAUUAUGGGCUGAUCGGUUUCCUAGCAUUAAACGAGCCGUGGAGAGCUCAGGGCCUUUUGGAUUUCAACAUGUUUUAUACGACUCUUGUUCACUUGAUGGAGAUGUGUGACUUUAAAUGGAAAUUGUGGCACUAAUCAAUUGAGCUGUAGUUCAACUUUCAAUCAAGGGUAUUGUCUUUCUGCAAUCACUCACAGCAUUUCAUUCCUGCAUUCUGGACUUCUCAAUACUCCAGGAAUCUGGAGAAGUAACAGUUACAGAUAUCUUUCAACGGAGUGAGUUUUUUGCAGUAGCCAACUUUGCAGUACAAAAGACAUCAAUGUUUCCAUGUAUUGCCAUGUUGUGAGAGGGAAUAUAGUUAACAUUUAGGAUGGAUUGAUGAUGAAUAGUGAAUACAAGCUUUUCCUAGCAGCUGUAUGAAUCCAAGCCCGCAGGAUGACAAAGUUAGAAGUCUCUCUGUUGUUCCAACUCUGUGCAUGUAUUAGCCUGCUUGGCUCUACCAGGAUGUGUGAACUAGAGUGCAUAUACAAACGUCAAAAGGAAAAUGUUUUAAGUUAUUCUA